UUUACAUGUUUCAGGUCUGCAAGUGCGCCUGCAGGUUCAAGCGCUGCCUCUGGCAGUAACAGGAGACUUCAGCAGACGCAAAAUCAAGUGGAUGAGGUGGUGGACAUCAUGAGAGUCAACGUGGAUAAGGUGCUGGAGAGAGAUCAGAAGCUCUCUGAGUUGGACGACCGUGCAGACGCACUGCAGGCUGGAGCCUCCCAAUUUGAAACGAGUGCUGCCAAGUUGAAGAGAAAAUACUGGUGGAGGAAUUGCAAGAUGUGGGCCAUAGGGAUUGCCAUCGUGGUCAUCAUCGUCAUCAUCAUCAUCGUGUGGAGUGUUUCCUCCUGAAGAGCCUGAGACCCCAGCCUGCUGUUCGAGAAACCUCUUCAACACUCUUGACUUAGAACCUGCUAUAUUCAAGCUCACCUACUGUUAUGUCUAAAAUGAUUAUUUUCUGUUAGUUAAUGUAAAGUUUGAUUUCUAGGAAAUGUGCCUUUGUUGUUUAAUAUGCACUCCAAACUGGAAGUGCAGCCAGCUCGGCCCCCGCUUUGCACGGUGCCUCCCCAGGUUUGCACGUGGGCUGGUGCGGGGGGCUUCUGGACUUCCAGGCUGUUAGAACCUGGACGCAACAUUCUCUGAUUAAUCGCCAUUGAUUCCAGCUAAGGACGUUUGUUCCAAGGUAGCUAUCCUCGUCAUACGACGUUACCCUUAUUUAAGCCUUUGGGUAAUCAGAUUCCAGCGUGUGCCUUCCAGAACGAACACUACUGCCUGCCCCAAAUCUGACUAAAACCGACUGUGCCUUGUUUCGCUGUUUUUCUGAUUCCCCGUAAGAGGACUCUCUCCUGGUCGUAAACACUACUGACGCUCCCGCUGUGUGUAAAAUAAGAUGCUGGGAAGAGGUUUUGCUCUUACAUUAGCUAUGAAGGUGUUUACUUUCUUGUUACUGUUAUGUAUCACUUUCUAAAAAUACUGUUUUAAUCAGAAAUAAUAAUUUCUUUAAAACAUUUUUAUAGAACUGUGGCUAUGACCAAAGUUUCUGUUUUGCCAAAAAGUUAAAUCCGAGUCAAAUGUCAAGUCUGUUCCUAUCAGAUAAAUUCAAAAAAGUGACCAGUAGAACUCAAGGUGCCCUUCAGAAUUAAAAUUGUAACAGUGUGUGUGAACAUCCCAACAGGCCUUUCUUGCCCUUGAAAUGCUAUAGGUCUUGUGACUCUCCUUCCAAUUCCGUGUUUUUCCUGGGGGCUAGAGAACGUCUGAGCUACACUCUGACCGUCUCAUCCUUUGCAGAGUUUCACCCAGCAGUUUGCAGAUUAUCAGCUGUAGAUGCCAGGAUGCUUCUAAUAAUUACGUGAACAACAAUUUUGUAGCCUUCAAGUGAGACCAUCUGUGAACUGGUCAUUUUCUGGCCCAGGCCCCUGGACUAUAGCUUUUUGGAAUUUGUUUCCUAUUUUUGUCCGUAUUCCACAUCCUAAAUCUGUCUUCUCACUUACGCUUUCAAUUAGGCAUUGGUCGGGUGGUUGACUCUUUUCACAGAGGAUGGCUAACCAGAGCCACCGUCUUUCUUUAAUGUCACAGUCUGCAUAAGACGCUGGGCAUAGCUGUUGUCAUCUGAGAGGCUUUGGUUGUGUACGUGAGACAUUCAACACCAGGGUGUGUGAGUUAAGGGCAGGAAUUCAGGUAGGAGUGAAACAGGCAAGGAGGCGCUGAGGGAGAUAGAAGUUAUACUAACGCUCUUGUUCACAUGCUAGUUUAUGGCUUACAAAGCAACAGCAGUUAGGUGCACCGCGACACGGUUCCCUGUCUGUAGUGUCUGUUCCCCGGACGUGAGUGAAGUGAUGGAAAGUUGGAGACAUGCCUCACAGUGUGCCCGGCCCAGACAGGAGCAGCGUCCGCGUCGGGACGCUGGCCCACCCCGGCUCGGGUCCCCAGCCGGGUCUGACUGUAACCUUGGUGCUCUCCCCUCGGCCUCGAUGCUCCGUCCCAUGUAACCCCCUGGUGCCUGCAUUAACCCAGGAAUACUCUGCUUGUAUCUGUGCAUUUAGUUGGGAACUUGCCCACUAUAAUGAACUGAAUAAAGUGUUUGUAAACGUAA